UCUUCUGAAACAUUGUCAAGUUUGCAUUCAAACGGUCAACAUGUUCAAGGCUGUACUUUUGGUCUGCGCUCAGGCGCUCUUGAUCCAGUCCAUUGCUGGACAGUACAUCGGUGCUGGAUGUGGAGCUCCUUACGGUUUUGCUGGCCCUUUUGCCGGUGGUUGUGGCUGUGGAGUUGCCGCCCCUGCCUCUAGCGGUGGUGGUCUCGGUGUCGCCAGUGCUUCUCCUAUCUCACCAAACGGAGUAUCUGUGCACUCAGAAAACGCUAUUGAAGGAGCUCUAGCAGUCGCCGGUGCUCUGCCGUUCUUGGGAACCGUCGCUCUGGAAGGUGUUCUGCCAACUGCUGGUGCUGGUGCUGUCAACUACGGAUGUGGUAACGGAGCCGUCGCCAUUGUGGAGGAACUCGCUCCCGCUGGCCUUGCUGGCCCACUCGGCUACGGCUUUGGUCCUUAUGGUGCUGCCGACGGUUUCGGCUACGGUGGUCUGGCUGGUCCUUAUCGCGGUGGUUGCGGCUGUGGUGCCUUCAUCUAAAAACAAAAUUAAACUGGUCUUCUUGUCGAAUAAAAAGUAUCGUGCAUCAA